AUGUCUCACAGCACCGAACUCGACAGCAUCGACAGCAUGAGCGACUCCGACACCUCCGGAACCGACGGAGGCGACCCUACGACGCCACGAGAAGCCACCACGACCCACACUUCGGUCACUCCCAUCACCAUCUCCUGGUCCGACCUGGGCUACACCGUCGCCACCAAGCCCGAGGGCAAGAAGUUCGCCUUCAAGAAGACCGGCAAGCGAUUCCUCCUCAAGAAUCUUCACGGAACCAUCCUUCCGGGCGAGCUCACCUGCAUCAUGGGUCCCUCCGGUGCGGGCAAGACGACACUGCUGAACACGCUGAUCGGCAAGGACAGCGGAGGCAAGCAGGUGGGCCAGGUGCGCAUCAACGGCACCUCGCGCAAGAAGGUGGGCCGGUCGUGGAAGCGGAUGAGCGCCUACGUCACUCAGGACGACAUCCUGUCGCCCAACCUCACGCCCCGCGAGGAGCUCUGGUUCUCUGCUCGUCUGCGAGUCGACAAGCCCUCGUCGACGGUCCGCCGCCGCGUGGAGGAGCUGAUCCACGAGCUGGGUCUGUCGGGCUGCGGCAACAGCCGCAUCGGCAACGUCGAGCACCGCGGCAUCUCCGGCGGCCAGCGCAAGCGCGCGUCGAUUGGUGUGGAGAUGAUCACCGACCCGUCGGUGCUCUUCCUGGACGAACCCACCUCCGGCCUGGACUACUCCACCUCUUACACGCUGGUGGAGACCCUGCGGACGUUGGCCUCCAAGGGCCGCACAAUCGUCAGCACCAUCCAUCAGCCCAGCACGGACAUCUUCUUGAUGUUCGACAAGCUCAUCCUCAUGUGCGAGGGUCACAUCAUCUACUCCGGACCGACCAGUGAAGUGGUGGCCUACUUCGCCGAUUUGGGGUACCCCUGCCCGCAGUACACCAACCCUGCCGAGUACAUCAUGAACUUGGCAAAGAUCGACAGCUACAUUGGGACCAAGGAAGAGGGAGUGGAGCGGGUCAAGUGCCUCGUGAACGCCUACCGAUCCAAACAAGGGCUGCGGAGGCUCACGGCCGAUGAGGACCCCCUGAAUGCCGAGCAUCAGGACUCCUCCGCCGAAGCCGAUCUGCUGCAGAACAAGGUGGAGAAGCCAUCAACCAACGACGGCGAUGAAGACGACGAAGAAGGAAAAGAUGAUAGUAGGAGGCAGGACGAUGUGGAGUCAGGCAGAGCCUCGGAGGAGGCGGAGGUUAUGGACAAGAGUCAGUUGGCCUCCGCCACUGGCGGCAAGCCGUCCAGCAUCCUGCGGCUCGGGCUGCUGCUCUAUAGGACCUUCCUGGAGCGGCUGCGGGAGCCCACAGCCACCUACCUCCACGUCAUCCAGACGCUGUUCCUGGCCAUCGUCGUCGGCAUCAUCUACCUGCGGAUCGGCGACGACAACGACCGAACAAGUAUCGACGAUCGGAAGGGAGCGCUGUUCUUCGUGAUUACGAACGAGUCGAUUGACACGCUCAUGUCGGUGGUGAUGAUCUUCCACUCGGAGCGCAUGAUAUUCAUCAAGGAGCAUUCGGCGGGAGCCUACGGCACCUUCCUCUACUACGUGGCCAAGAACCUCGCCCAGCUGCCCUUCCUCGCCUUCUACCCGGCCCUCUUCUCGUGCAUCGCCUACUGGAUGGUGGGCUUCCAGGCGGAUGCCGACAAGUUCUUCAUCUUCAUGGCGGCGAUGAUUCUGGUCACCCUCGUUUCGGCCUCGCUCGCCAUCGCGAUCAGCGCGUCGACUCCCAACCUGGACGCGGCCUUUGCACUCCUGCCGGCGGCGUUCAUUCCGUUCACCAUCUUCAGCGGCUUGCUGGUGAACGAAGACAGCGUGCCCUCGUGGGUGGCGUGGGUCAAGUACUUCAGUCUCUUCAAGUACGGCUUCCAGAUACUCGCCAUCAAUGAGUUCGAUGGGCUCCAAUUCACCUGCGAGCCGUCCGAACGGGUGAACGGCACCUGCAUCUAUGCCACUGGUCAGGACGUGCUGGACGCCAUGAACCUGGACAAGGAGGAGAACCAAAUCUGGGCCAGCUUCCUGUUCCUCUUCAUGCAGCUGGCCUUGUGGAACGUGGUCGCCUACUUCGGCCUUCGAUUCACCGCCGGCCGCAAGAAGUAA